AUGAUGUUCAGCGAACUCAACGCAGAAUGUUUCUCGGAAGUCAUCAAGAAAUAUAACAAGGAACUGUACGCGGAAUCCUGCGAGGCUGGCAUUAGCUAUUCCGGGAUUGAAACGUUUUUGAGGCGGCACUACCCCAUGUUAGCAUUAAGGAAUAUAACAGAAGGGAGUGACAGGUCGAAAAAUUUGUACAUCGCUAUGACCGCUCUGCUAUACUAUUGCUGCAUCAGAGACAAAUCCGGCGCCAUAGCAUCGGGCAUCCGUAGGGACUUAGACAAAGUCAAAAUUCAGAUGAUAACGAAAGUGUGCGAGAAAUUAAGAACGAUGGAGAUGAAAACUAUGAACAUAUUGUCAGCAAUCAAAGAUGCGUAUAACGAGACCUUUGGGGCAUCGGAUAAAGAGCGUCCCAAACAGAAAUCUGAUGAAAGGAAACUCUUGCUGACGCCCGACAAAGAAAUCACGGGCAUCCCAGCAACGAAAGACCGAUCCGACACAAAGAGGCUUUUUCAAAGAAAAUCGACAUCCACCAUUGAUUUGAAAACUGGAACGUCGAAAAGGGAAUCUUUGGGGAAAACCUCGCGCUCUACUUCUUCUCCGUUGGUGAACAAAGACGACGCAUUGGUGUUCGAACCCUACAUACCGCAAAAGAAACUCGUUGACCAACAAGACAACAACAUGGACCAAAUGUUCCGUAAACGUCCCAGUGUGACUUUUUGUACCGACGAUGACGAGGAACAAGAUUUAGAAAUGGAUGUGCUCGACGACUCAUGCACACCGUGCCAACCGAACUGUACGUGCACAAAAUGUUCAUCGAUUGGUCCAUCUUGCGGGGACCCUGGAUACUCUAUGGAGGAUUGCGACACACCUGAACCGGAUUACGAUCUCGCAAGCAAGGAUAGCUUUACCGCCGAGCUGGUCCGAGGCUGCGACUGGAAGAUGUACUGCGCGCUCGUCGGUAUGAUAUUCCUCGCUGUUGUGAUCGUGCUGCUCUGUAGCCUCUCCCUGUGGGACUGGAGCGAGCAGAGUGACAGCGGGGAGAGAAUGGACGAAUCCACGAAGCUCAAGAGACUGGUCAAUCGUACUGGAUCGGCCGGCGUGGAGUGGCAAUGGCAAUGCAGCGACCAGUUCUGCACGAAGGCGCACGUGGGUAAAAACGCCACGCUGUACAGCUCUCUAAGCCGCUGCACGCUCCUGUGCAUGGGGCCCCAACUUUGGCCUUAUCCGAUAGGCUACACGCACUACAGCCAAACACUUGUGGCCCUCACCACGACCAACCUGGAGUAUAAGUUCCAAUCGGUGCCCUCGGAGAUCGUCCACAGCUACCUGGCGGAGGCGUUCAAGCUGUUCCUGAAAGGGCUCUUCCGUUUGGAGAAGAUAGACAAGAAGAAGAAGAACGAAUCGGAGAAGAUAGAUUUGCCGCUCAAACGGAUCAGUGUCCACAUCGAGGUAGAGAACGACCCGGACCCUAGAUUGAGGCUGAACACAGAGGAGGCGUACAUGCUGAACUUCGAGACGAUAGACGACAGAGUCAUCAUGAAAGUGAUCAGCGGAUCGUUCUGCGGGGUGAGACACGGGCUGGAGACCGCGAGCCAGUUGAUCCUGCUGGACCAAGCGACCGGCUACCUACUGUCUUUAUCGGAGAUCACGAUAAAAGACGCCCCGAGCUACAGAUACAGGGGGCUGAUGAUAGACACCGGAAGGAACUUCAUAACAGUGUCCGACAUCACUAGGACUUUGGACGCAAUGGCCGCUUGCAAGCUCAACACGUUACACUGGAGGAUCUCCAGCGAUACCAGCUUCCCGUUGUACCUCACCAAACUGCCUCUGCUCUCUGAAUACGGGGCGUACGACAGAUCGAUGAUAUACACGAAGGACGACGUUAAGAACAUCGUGAGGAAGGCUGGACUACGCGGGAUCCGGGUCUUAAUCGAAGUGACCGCCCCGGGGCCCGUCGGCAGACCAUGGUCCUGGUCAGCGCAAGCCACAUGCCCGAUGAAGACGGACAAUUACACGUGCGACAACGUCCUCUGCACACGUCUACUGAUGGAGAAGUCGGUCUUCGACACGUUGCAAGUGAUAUACACGGAGAUCCUGCAGAUGACCGGGGUGGACGACAUCUUCCACCUCAGCGAUGGAAUGUUCUCGAUGACGAACUGUUACCAGCUGAUAAGCGACAGGGACGGCUUCCUCGACAAGGCUUUGGAGCGACUCAAGCUCGCGAACAGGGGUUUCGUGCCGAAGUUGCCGAUCAUUUGGUACACGCCGCACCUGAUGAAGGACUCGGAAGCGAGGACCUGGGAGAGGCUGGGGGUGCAGCUGAACCAAUGGGAGCCCAACCCCGGCGAGCAGUAUCUCGGCAAGUUCAGGGUGAUACAUUCGACGAAUUGGGACCUGUCCUGUGAGAUAAGCAAACACAGAUGUGUUAAGUUCAGGAGCUGGCAGGAGAUGUACUCGUGGAAGUCUUGGCGCAACGUCGAGGUGUUCACCAUAGAAGGUGGCGAGGCGAUACUCUGGACGGACUUGGUCGGUGCGGGGAAUCUUGACUAUACUCUGUGGCCGCGGGCAGCCGCGGUCGCUGAAAGGCUGUGGUCUGAUACGAACGCCAACUCGACAGCCAACCGUUACGUGUACGUGCGUUUGGAUACGCAAAGGGAGGCGAUAAGCGGCCGGCCCUUUCAGAGGCGUUGGCACUGUAAUCCAGAGUUGAAGACGUCCAUUGGCAUUGGUGCACAUCAGGAGAACCGUCCGCCCGCCCCCUCCAACCGCGAA